AAUUCAAUAACCUUGUUUGGCUAAAAUGUCUUCCAUUAAUGUACCAAACUCAUUGAGAGGCUUCCUAAGCUCCAAAGCUAUCCAUAAAACAUGGGCUGGUACAUUUACAUGUAAGCCCCAAGCGAUUUUCCAGCCGUCCAAUAUCAAUGAAAUCAAAGAAUUAGUCAAUCAGGCCCGAAUCAACCACAAAACUAUCAUGACUGUCGGUUCAGGCCAUUCUCCAAGUGACAUGACCAUGACAACCGAAUGGUUGUGCAACUUGGAUAGAUUUGAUUCUAUCAUUUCCAAAGAACCUUACUAUGGACCCGUCAACGGUAAUACCAAAGAGAAAGAGGUUAAGUUUGUGGACUUGACGGUUGAAGCUGGAUGCCAUAUUUAUCAAUUGAAUGAAUAUUUGAAAGAAAAUGAGUUGGCAAUCCAAAACUUGGGAUCCAUUUCUGACCAGUCGAUUGCUGGUAUCAUUUCAACCGGAACUCAUGGCUCAUCCCAGUAUCAUGGGUUGGUUUCUCAGCAGGUUGUUAGCUUAAACUUGAUGAACUCUGAAGGUGAAUUGGUCAAGUGUUCAUCGCUCGAAAACCCUGAGGUAUUCAGGGCCGCUUUGUUAUCACUUGGUAAAGUUGGUAUUAUCACACAUGUUACGUUGAGAGCAGUUCCCAAGUACACUAUUAAGUCCAAACAAGAGAUUAUUAAGUUCUCCACUUUAUUGAAUAACUGGGAUAAUAUUUGGUUGGACUCUGAGUUUAUUAGAAUCUGGUGGUUCCCUUAUUCGGGUAGUUGUGUUUGCUGGAGAGCUUCUAAGUCUGAUGAACCAUUGAGUGCUCCUAGAGAUAGUUGGUACGGAACCUUCUUUGGAAGAUUCUUCUACCAGAGUUUGUUAUUUGUGUCUGUUCACCUUUUUCCCAGAUUGACUCCAUACGUUGAAAAGUUCGUUUUCAAGCAGCAAUAUGGUAAUGUUGAGACUCUUGGUAGUGGGGAUAUUGCCGUUCAAAACUCUGUGGAAGGUUUGAACAUGGACUGUUUGUUUUCUCAAUUUGUGGAUGAAUGGGGUUUACCAUUAUCCAACGGACCUGAAGUCUUGACCAAAUUGGACGCUAUCAUUAAAAAUGCUGCUUCAAAGGGUGACUAUUUUGUGCAUGCCCCAAUUGAAGUUCGUUGCUCAAACACUACCCUGUCGGAGAAGCCUUUCAUAGAUGAUGAAGGUAAUGACUCCUUGUACCCUUCUCAAUCAUGGUUAGCCAAAAGAACUAUUUUAAGUGAAGGACCGAUCAAUGGAAACAACUUGAGACCUUAUUUGGACAACACUCCAAGAGAUUUGAAGUAUGUUUCACAAGAUGAAAUUACAAAUGACCAAUUGACCUUAUAUCUCAAUGCUACUAUGUACAGACCUUUCCACACUGACGUGGACACUAGACAAUGGUUUAAGGACUUUGAAGACAUUGUUCGUGAAGCCUCUGGUAAACCCCAUUGGGCUAAGAACUUUGUUGGGUUGGAGCAUAACAAUGUACCUGAUAACGACUUGCAAUCUCAGUUAAAUUUUGGUGGUAAAGCCCAUUACCUGAUGAUUGGUUUCAACUCAGUGAUGUCUAACUGGUUCGGCGAGAAUUUGGAGAAUUUCAACCAAGUCAGAAAGUCUACCGACCGUCAUGGUGUCUUUUUGUCUGGUAAGAACUGGGCUAUUAGAAACGGUAUCAUAACUGAGUAAUCGUUUUUAUUAUAUAUAAAAUAUAUGCGUUUUUCAGUAUCACUUGAAAGGAGCCUUCAAUGGAUCUAUUACAGUACCUUGUUUGGUGAUCACUCUUGGCAUGGUCAUUCUUUGAUGGGUUUCUCUGCUGGUCCAUUCUUGUCCAAUAGGCAUUCUAAGAGCUCUUUCAUAUUGCUCUCUAGAUUCAUAAGGAUAUGGAACAUCAGCAGAUUGGUAUUUCAAGUUCUUCUUGUUCAUCUUUUCGUUGAUAAUGACGUUCUUCAUGUUUUUAUCACGUCUAUUAUCCUUUUGAACAACCCCAUUGAUUUUUUUGACAAUCUUUCCUUCUUCUUUAUUUUACGGAAGGUCUUGGACUUAAUUUUUUUGAUUCUUCUGGCUCGAGUUUCUUCCCGGAACAUUAAUUCUCUCAUUAACCUUAGUUC